AUCUUUCGGAUGUAUAGCACAAUGUUUGACAGUGAAAGAUAUUGCGAAAACGGCGGGCGAUCGCAAUGUAAACAAAUUAUUUCCUCCAAACAAAAUGUCAACAAGACCAAAGUUUCGCAUACCAACAACAAAUGAAGUGAAUAAAGAUCCCCAAAACGAGUGUAAGCAGUACUCACUGUUCAAGAGUUACCAGCAGAAUAAAGGGAAGAGUGAAAGUAAUUCUGAUAGUUCAACAUCGGCUUCAAAAAUUUCUUCAUCAUCUACAUCAGCUAAAUCAACCUUAGCUGCUUCAGACAUACCGGGUAAAGGUAAAAAUGCAACUGGAAGUAAAGAAUCUUUUUCAUCAUCUAAUUCAACAUCUAUAUCAACGGCAAUAGGAGUAAAUUCUUUUAAAUCAUCAAGUUCAUCAUCUACAAAUUCAUCAUCAUCUGAACAGACUAACCAUCCAGUAACUGUGUCUACAGAAAAUAUUUCAUCAUCAUCUGCUGGCUCAGGAAGCACUUCCACAUCAUCAAAGGCAGCAUCAUCUAACAGCAUCAUUGUCAAUUAUAGACAGAGAGGUAAUCCUAUCUUGAAACAUAUAAGAAAUGUUCCUUGGCAAUAUGGUAGUAUUGUACCAGAUUAUGUAAUGGGAGUAGCAAAUUGUGCAUUAUUUCUCAGCUUACGUUAUCACCAACUUCAUCCAGAAUAUCUCCACAACAGAUUGAAGGAGCUUGGAAAAGGAUACGAUCUCAGGGUUCUGCUUGUACAAGUAGAUGUGAAAGAUCCACAUCAUCAACUCAAAGAUCUAGCAAAAAUAUGUAUAUUGGCAGAUCUGACACUGAUAUUAGCAUUCAGUGCUGAAGAAGCAGGUCGGUAUUUGGAAGCAUAUAAAGUAUACGAGAACAAGCCUGCUGAAGUUCUUAUGGAGAAAACAGAGACAGAUUAUGUUUCCAAGCUAACAGAAUGUCUCACCACAGUAAAAUCAGUAAAUAAAACAGAUAGUAUGACUUUACUCUCUGCAUUCAAGUCAAUGGAUGGUAUAAUUAAUGCAAGUAAAGAGGAUAUAUCAUUUUGUGCUGGAUUUGGCCCACAGAAGGCACAGCGGUUAUUUGAUGUUUUUCAUGAGCCAUUUGUAAAAGGUAGAAAAAGACUUAAAGAAACAAGUGCAGAUUCCAGUCCUACAAAGAAACCUAGCUGAAUGGUGAAGAAUAACAAAGUGAUAAAUUAUUAAAAGACAUGUGUCUCAGUGUCAUGCUGAUCAAAAUGGAAACCUAUUGUUGUACCCACGAAGUGGUUAUGUGUAAAUCAACAAUAUGGUUAUUUUUGAACUUUGUGUGACUUAAGUUUAACAGAAAAGGAACCAAACAUUUGUAAGCAAUGGCUGAAAAAAUAUUGAUAGAAAUGAUAAUGCAUGUCUACAAGUGAAAUGCAAGGGAAACAUUUUACUGAUUAUAUUAUUAUAUAUCUUAUUCACUAUACAAAUGUGAUUAUAGUUUUCAUGAAUUCUACUGGGAGAACUUCAUACAAAGAUGUUUUACUUAAAAUUAUUAUUACAUUUGUUUGAGAUACGAGUACCUACAUUUAGGAAGUCAUGUUGAAUGAAAUAUUGCCAAUUACAUGUAUAUCGUCUUUCCUAAUUUAUAUAAGAAUGUCUUUUUUUCAUUUGCCAAAACAAUUUAUAAAUUGAGACAUUGUACACACCAGUCUGAGUUUGCUGCAUUGAAGUGAGCAAUUUCUACUUGAGAGGGAUGUAAACACAUCUGGAAUAAUCUAUACAUAGAAAUUUGGUUGUUUGUUUAAUUGAGUGGCAUUCCCGCAGACAUUUACGUUAUAUAUUGUUAUAUAUUUCAGACUGCUUAUGUGACAGCAUCCAUUACACUAGAUCUAGCAUUAAGGCUUUAUAUAAAUACUAGCACAAUAAACAGUCAGAGAAAAUGAGCCCCAGUUGUAAUGUUACAUCAUGACAAAAUUUUAUCUUCCAAAUAGUCUACAUAAAAUGGCAGAUCUUAAAAUAUCCUUUAUAGACACAGAUCACAGAUAUAUAUCAUAUUAUAUUGUGACCAAGAUUUUGUUUAGUAGUACUCAUCUUUGUAUGAAUUAAAACGGUUAUAUGAAUGAAUGCAAAAAUACAAGUCUUGUUUGAUUAUUAAAAUAGUUUAACACCAGUCA